UUUUUGGUUCAAGAAAUCAAACAUUCAACCUUUGAAACAUCCAACUUCUGAAUGAGUAGUUAGUUGUCUUGGAGCCCCAACAAUGGCCAGCCUGGGCUAUUGUCUUAGGACGUCCUUAUUGAGAGGCACACAGGUGUCUACUAUUCUCCUGAGACAGGCUGCGCCGUGUGUUGCUGCUCGUGGGCAGAGUACGCAAGCUGUAGAAAGCCAAAGCACUCCCACUUCGAUAUCUUCACCCGGUGAUCGUGAUGUGAAGGUCGAGCCCAACCCACAGUGUUUCCUGUGUGGCAGCUUUGGUCAUAUGGCCAGAGCAUGUCCUGAUAAGCCACCCCUAUUGUCAAAGCACGAGCGGCCGAAGGAGCGUUCACAGGACGUGUGCGAGCGAUGUCUGGAAAAAGACCACAUGGCGAUUGAAUGUGUGAACGAUCCGCACCCGAAAUCAACUCUCUGCUGUCCUCUGUGUGGUGUGAAUGGCCACAUGAAGCAUCAGUGCCCUGACGUGUUCAAGAUCAAUGGACCCGGCCAUUCUGGAUUGAACUCGCACCGAUGCAAGCUUUGUGGAUUGCAAGGACAUCUUAGUGAAGACUGUACUCAUCGGAAAUCCAUUAUGCCCUGGCAAUAGAGCACUACACUCUGCCCCUUUAUUCCCUCUGUCAAUAAUAAUUAUGUUAGAUCUGUCCACUGCAA